CCUUCACUUGCUCGCUUCCUCAAAAUCUCCCCGAUCUGACGACCCUGCCGCUGGUUUGCGCCUCUCGCCGAGAUCGCCGCUCGCUUCUGCCUACUCUAUUCCUCCCUCGGAAGGGGGCUCUUGGCCUCGCCGGUCAUCCUAGUCGAGCUCGUCACCUUCCACUCCGCGGCCGGCGGCGGCAGCGAACCCUCGCGCGUGCUCCUCGCCUCUGGCAGCGGAGCUCUCCUCCUCGUCGCCGGAUUGCUAGGCGCCGUCCCGCUGCGUCGUGUACGUCUGUCUUUGUCGUGGACGGAGGGAACACAAGCCAUCCACCUGUAACUCGCGGCAGGUCUUCCGGAACCCUCCCCUUUUCCCCACCACACAACAUGCCGACGCCGUCUCAUCGCCAUUGCCCUAACCAUCCAAAGGGGGGUCACGGUGACUGUGCUGGAGCAUGCCGUGGGGACGGCAUCCCCGUCAUCGACCUCGGCGUCCUCCUCAACGGCAACGCCGAGCAACGAUCUCAGGCGACACACGAGCUCGGCCAGGCCUGCGAAGACUGGGGCUUCUUCAUGGUGAUUAACCAUGGGGUGCCUGAGGCGCUCCAAGAAGAAGUGAUGGAUGCGUGUAAGGAACUAUACAGCUUACCGAGGGAGGAGAAGGCAGAAUACAUUGCUGCUGGCCCAAAGGAUCCUAUACGUAUUGGAACAGGUCUAUUCUACUCUGACAUUGAUGAUGCCAUAUGUCGGAGGGACUAUAUGAAGAUGAUUGCUCACCCAGAGUUUCACUGCCCUGCAAAGCCUGCAAAGCUGAGAGAUAUUGCUGUGGAGUACUCUGCUCAAACGAGGCAGCUGUUGCUUGAGCUUGUGAAGGCGGUCUCCGAGAGUCUGGGACUUGACCGUGGCCACAUUUCUGAAGUCCUAAACCUUGAGUCCUGCUUCCAGAUCCUUGUCGGGAACAAUUACCCGCCAUAUGCUGGCUUGGAUGGGGUUAUGGGAAUUUCAGCCCACUCUGACCAUGGCCUUCUCACUCUGCUCUUCCAAAAUGGUGUGGAUGGUCUCCAAGUCAAGCACAACGGCCAGUGGGUCACCGCAAAGCCCCUUCCAGGCUCACUGUUCAUUCUCACUGGCGAUCAGUUGGAGAUUGUGAGCAAUGGAAGGUACAAGGCCGUGCUCCAUCGCGCACUGGUCCACGGUGGGCAGACGAGGAUGUCGUUCGUGAGCCUGGUCGGGCCGUGCCUAGAUGCUGUCGUAGAGCCAGUCCUGGAGUUGGCACAGAAUGACCCCCAGGGCAUGAAGUUCCGGGGAAUCAGGUACAGGGACUACAUGGAGCACCAGCAGAGCAGCAAGAUGAACACAAAAGCAGCACUGGACAUUGUUCGUGUGCAGGGUGACAUAUUGACAUGUGAGAGCACACCUAACAAUUCAACAGAGGCUGAUUCUUCAGGUUACAGUCCUACAAGUUGAUAUGCUGAACAUUUAUGUCUUAGAGAAUCAGUGCAUUCCAUCUCGUAGUACUCCCUCCUCUUCGGUUCCUAGUAGUUGAUAGACUGAUUAGACAUUCUACUAUUCUCUGUUGGGACAAGUACUAGCAGUAAUGAUCCAAGUUAAUAUGGAUUAGGAGGAAUGCUCGCAUGGUCAGAUAUGGUGAAGCCUUGGGUUCAGUGGUUCUGAGAGAUGAAUGUGAUAAAGUGGGUUGGGCAGUGGACAAUAAUCUACUAUAUAUAUGUACAGUCAGCGGAGCUUUAGGAAUAUUAUUCACUGUCACAGCUGAACUUUUGUUGGUGCUAGUUUGUGGAAAGCAAAAUUUCCUUUUGAAAAUCAAGGUAUGCAUGUGAUUAAUGGUUCAAGAUUGAACCAUGAAGAUUUCUGAACUUGAAGGACCAUGCAGCAAGAGUUGUUUCUUAUGUCGCGUUUUUGUAAACGAAGACAACAUCAUGUUUCAUCGCUCAUUGGCUGCCUUUGUUUGGGUCAGCUUGAAAGAGGCGAUUGCUGGGAUCAAAGACUAGUUUGUACAUCUAACUUCAUGUGGGGUUGGUGAGAUGAACAAGUGCUAAGGAUAGAAUUGUUCACUCGGGUUUUGGAGUGAUGUGCUGGACCCUAGGUAGCAUUUGGAACAAGUUGGUAUUGAGGACCCAUGAUAGUUUUG